AUGACUACGGUAUCAACCUACAUCACGACUAGCCAUGUGGACGAACGAUCCUUCCAUCGGCAUCUCUACGUGAACAAGGCAUUGGAGUCGACUGUCAUCGAACGUGUAGAGGUUGCUGCAGAAAUACAGCACAAGCCCAUCCAGAACGCCUUGUUACUCAGAGGAAUCGGGGAACAAUACACGCUUGUCGAUAAUCAUGCCAUACCUACGCUCACACACAAAGACGAGAUCUUGAUCAAGGUCAAAGCCAUCGGGUUGAACCCCAUCGACUGGAAAGGGCCUCUUUACAACUUUGGCAUCCCCAGCCUCCCGUGGGUGAACGGACGUGAUCUCGCCGGCGAAGUAGUCCAAGUCUCGGACGGAUGCACUCGUCUACGAACCGGGGAUAUCGUCCUGGUUCCCUCGACGGAUUACCGCGACAUCCGCAAGGCUGCGUUCCAGGAGUAUGCUGUGGCGACACACUUCAACGCGGCCCGCAUCCCGUCAAGAAAGAGCGUGCAUGCGUCGGCAUCGCUCGGGGUGGCGUUUGUGGCUGCGGCUCUCGCGUUAGGGGUUUCGCUGGGAUUGGAUUUUGGUCAUGUCUCGCGGUCACAAGGGCCUGACCUGACACAUACAGUGGCCCAGGUUGACCAGAGUGAGAUCCCAGCGGAUAUAGAAGAAGAAUGCUUCUCGUCAGCACCAGAACAGGAGAGGCUCAAGCCAGGAGAAUGGCUUGCGAUAUGGGGAGCCUCGACCACCACCGGAUACAUUGUUCUUCAGAUUGCCAAGAGGGCAGGAUUAAGAGUCAUCUGUGUGGCAGACGUAGCUCGACACGGAGCUCGACUUCACGCCGCCGGUGCAGAUUUCCUCAUCGACCGCCACGAUACCGAGCGAGCAGUGGAAAUUAUUCGUGGCGUGACGGGGGGUAAACUUCGAUAUGCUAUCGACAUCGUCGGCAGAGAGACGUCAACUCUCCUACAGCGGACAUUGGACGCAUCGGUCCAUGGGGACGGCUCGCAUGCGCAUCUACUAGGAUUGACUGGUCUUCCCAAGGAAAAGGACAGCAACAUCAUCUACCACACAGUGCCAAUCAAACUGUUCCAUACGUCCCCGGCGGUGGGCGAGGCAAUAGUAACCUGGUUGGAGGAACUGUUGCGGUCUGAGACACUCCAACUCCCCGAUAUCAUACUGGCAGAGGGAGGGCUAGGAGGGAUCAAUGCCUCGUUGAAGUUGUUACAAAAGGGAGAGGCAUCUGGGAAACGAAUUGUCAUGGAUAUAGAGAAAUGA